GUCUAACACAACAGCGCGAUAGCUGCAAGAGAAACAUAACCAUAUUGAGUUAAGGGCGGCUUUGGCUUGUUGUUUUGAGAACUGGAUACAUCAUAAUGCGGUGGAAAAGCGAGGUGAAAGCAGAAUGUUGCGGCAGCAUCGAUGGAGACGAAAGCGAGGGUGUGACGAUGCUGAUCUGUGAGGACAGGGACACGCCGGUGGAGGUCCUGGAUGAAGACUCGUGCUCGUCGUCCCUGCAGGCGAUGGCUUCCGCGCCUCUGCUGGGAAGAACUGUGUGUGCGAACUGCAACGAGGACAUCGUCGAUAAAUAUUUACUAAAGGUGAACGACCUGUGCUGGCAUGUGCGCUGCCUCUCCUGCAGCGUUUGCCAGACCUCGCUCGGCAGCCACGCCAGUUGUUACAUUAAAGAGAAAGAAGUGUUCUGUAAACUGGAUUACUUUAGAAGAUAUGGGACGUGGUGCGCCUGCUGCGGCCGCAACAUCCACUCCACCGACUGGGUGCGCCGGGCGAAGGGCAGCGUGUAUCACCUGGCCUGCUUCGCAUGCUUCUCCUGCAAGCGGCAGCUGUCCACCGGGGAGGAGUUCGCCCUGGUGGAGGAGAAGGUGCUGUGUCGCGUGCACUACGACUGCAUGCUGGACAACAUCAAGCGGGCCGCGGAGAAGGGGAACAGCGUUAACAUGGAGGGCGCAAUGCCCACGGAGCAGGAGCUGAACCAGCCAAAGCCGUCCAAGCGAGCCCGGACCAGCUUCACUGCGGACCAGCUGCAGGUGAUGCAGGCGCAGUUUGCCCAGGACAACAACCCAGACGCUCAGACGCUCCAGAAGCUGGCCGAACAGACGGGUCUCAGCAGGAGAGUCAUACAGGUGUGGUUCCAGAACUGCCGGGCGCGACACAAGAAGCACGUGAGCCCCACCCACACGUCCAGCACCCCCAUGACCUCCAUGACCUCCAUGACCUCCAUGAACACCAUGACCUCCAUGGGCUCCAUGAACUCCAUGACCUCCAUGGGCUCCAUGGGCUCCAUGACCCCCAUGGGCCACCUCUCCCAGCCCACGGUGACCCCUGAGGAGCUCCAGUUCUCAGGCUACGGUGGCCCUGAGGGGUCCAUGCUCUCUGCCCUGCACUCGUUCAUAGACGUGCACCCACCUUCCUCAAUGUUGUUCCAACCACUGCUGCCAUCCCAUAAUAUGUCCUCGCUGCCAGUUUCCCAUGCCUGAAUAGCUUGGGCAUGCAAACACACAAAGACACUCACGUGCAUUUGUGCACACAUGCAUGCACGCACAAACGCAAGCACAGAAUAGUGCACGGAUGCACACACACACAGCAAACACAUGCAUGCAUGCAAACAUUUGCACUCACACACAUACACACACACACAGACACACGUCCACACACACACGUCCACACACACACACGUCCACACACACA